AUGGCCGCAUUGUACGGGAUGAAUGCUAAUUACGACGCCACCGCUGCGUCGAAGGGUGUUCCUAUCACCGACCGCCAUGGCACCCGCGACGAAGUCGAGAUGGUCGCCACCGCAGCAGCCACCGCAGCCGCUGGCGCCCCCUCCCACAGCCCUGAACCUACCAGCACGCAGGCCACCUCCCUCACUGAGGGCGACACAGACGAGCGGCCUUCGCCACCCAACACGCUGCGCAAAGGUGCCGACGACGACGACGACGAUGCUGACGACGACGCCCAUGUCGAGAUGCAGCGCCGCUCCUCCGUCGUCCAGGCACUCGCACGAUCCUACUCUCGAGCCUCGGCCGUCGGCUCCAAAGACAGCAACCCCUUCUUCGCCGACGCCGACUCGCCCCUGAACCCGAACUCGGACAAGUUCAGCGGACGAGAGUGGGCCAAGGCCAUCGUCGAGCUGGUCUCGCAGGACGGGGGCUCCUUCCGAUCCGCCGGCGUCUGUUUCCAGAACCUCAACGUGUUCGGCUACGGCGAGGCGACCGACUACCAGAAGGAUGUCGCCAACGUCUGGCUCUCGCUCGCCGGCCUCUUCCGCCGCUUCAUGGGCCGAGCACGCCAGCGCAUCGACAUCCUGAGGCAGUUCGACGGCCUCGUGCGCGACGGCGAGAUGCUCGUCGUCCUGGGACCCCCCGGAGCCGGCUGCUCCACCUUCCUCAAGACCAUCGCCGGCGAGAUGAACGGCAUCUUUGUCGACGAUGGUUCCUACUUCAAUUAUCAGGGCAUGACCGCCAAGGAAAUGCACACGAACCAUCGGGGCGAAGCCAUCUACACUGCCGAGGUCGACGUCCACUUCCCCAUGCUGACGGUUGGCGAUACCCUCACUUUUGCCGCCCGCGCCCGCCAGCCCCGCCAGCUACCCCAGGGACUCAACCGGAAUGAUUUCGCCGCCCACCUCCGUGACGUCGUCAUGGCCAUGUUCGGCAUCACCCACACCGUCAACACGCGCGUCGGCAACGAGUACAUUCGCGGCGUCUCGGGUGGCGAGCGCAAGCGCGUCACCAUCUCCGAGGCCGCCCUGUCCGGCGCUCCGCUUCAGUGCUGGGACAACUCCACCCGCGGUCUCGACUCGGCCAACGCCAUCGAGUUUUGCCGAACCUUGCGCCUGCAGACCGAGCUCUUCUCCAGCACCGCCUUCGUCUCCAUCUACCAGGCCCCCCAGAGCGCCUAUGACCUCUUCGACAAGGCCGCCGUUCUCUACGAGGGUCGCCAGAUCUUCUUCGGCCGCGCCGACGCCGCGAAGCAGUACUUCGUCGACCUCGGCUUCGAAUGCCCCCCGCGACAGACGACGCCCGAUUUCUUGACCUCCAUGACCUCCCCCCUGGAGCGUGUUGUCCGACCUGGCUUCGAGGGCAAGGCCCCCAGGACGCCCGACGAGUUUGCUGCCGCCUGGAGGGACAGCGCCGAGUACGCGGCCCUGCAGGCCGAGAUUGAGGAGUACAAAAAGUCGCACCCCAUCGACGGGCCUUCGGCCGAGGCCUUCCGCGCCUCCAAGCGCGCCCAGCAGGCCAAGGGCCAGCGCAAGAAGUCGCCCUUCACCCUGUCGUACGGUCAGCAGGUCCAGCUGUGCCUGUGGCGAGGCUGGAAGCGCCUGAGCGGCGACCCCAGCUUGACCGUCGGUGCCCUCAUCGGAAACUUCGUCAUGGCCCUCAUCAUCGGCAGCGUCUUCUUCAACCUUAGCGACACCUCCUCGAGCUUCUUCCAGCGCGGCGCCCUCUUGUUCUUCGCCUGUCUGAUGAACGCCUUCGCGUCGGCCCUCGAGAUCCUCACCCUCUAUGCCCAACGACCCAUCGUCGAGAAGCAUAGCCGUUAUGCCCUGUACCACCCGUCGGCCGAGGCCGUUGCCUCCAUGCUGUGCGACAUGCCGUACAAGAUUGUCAACUCCAUCAUCUUCAACCUGACCAUCUACUUCAUGACCAACCUCCGGAGGGAGCCGAGCGCCUUCUUCUUCUUCCUGCUUAUCUCCUUCGCCACCGUCAUGGUCAUGUCCAUGAUCUUCCGGACCAUCGCCUCGGCGUCGCGCACCCUGUUCCAAGCCCUCGUUCCCGCCGCCGUCCUCAUCCUCUACCUCGUAGUCUUCACCGGUUUCGUCCUGCCCAAGCGUUACAUGCUCGACUGGUGCCGGUGGCUGAGCUACAUCGACCCCCUCGCCUACGCCUUCGAGGACCUCAUGGUCAACGAGUUCCACAACCGCCAGUUUGAGUGUGACCAGUUCGUUCCGACGGCCCAGGGACCGACUGCCGAGGCGACCGCUCAGUUGUCGGAGUAUGCCGGUGUCGGCGGCGCGAAUCACGUCUGCAGCUCCGUCGGUGCCGUUCCGGGACGUUCCUACGUGUCGGGAGACGAGUACAUCCGCUCGCAGUUUGGCUACGAAUGGGUCAACCGCUGGCGCAACUUUGGCAUCAUCAUCGCCUUCACCGUCUUUCUCCUCUUCUGCUACCUCGUCGCCGCCGAGCUGGUGUCGGAGAAGAAAUCAAAGGGCGAGGUGCUCAUGUACCGCCGCGGCCACAAGCCGGCCGCGGCCAGGCACGCUGAGAAGAAGCGCGACGCCGAGGCCGUCAUGGCGAACAUCGGCCCCAUCGUCACCGCCGAGAGGAGCCACAGGCAGGGCAAGGAAGGCGGCGUGCUCCAGGUUCAGACCUCCGUCUUCCAGUGGCACGACGUGUGCUACGACAUCAAGAUCAAGGGCGAGCCGCGCCGCAUCCUCGACCACGUCGACGGUUGGGUGAAGCCCGGAACGCUGACGGCUCUCAUGGGCGUCUCCGGUGCCGGCAAGACCACUCUUCUCGACUGCCUGGCCGACCGCACGGCCAUGGGCGUCAUCACCGGCGAGAUGUUCGUCGACGGACAGCUGCGAGACAUGUCCUUCCAGCGCAAGACCGGCUACGUCCAGCAGCAGGAUCUGCACCUGCAGACGACGACGGUCCGCGAGGCCCUGAACUUCAGCGCCCUUCUGCGGCAGCCCGCCCACGUGCCGAAGGAGGAGAAACUCGCGUACGUCGAGGAGGUCAUCAAGCUCCUCGAGAUGGACGAGUAUGCCGAUGCUGUCGUCGGUGUUCCGGGCGAAGGCCUGAACGUCGAACAGCGGAAGCGUCUCACCAUUGGUGUCGAGCUCGCCGCGAAGCCCCCGCUCCUGCUCUUCGUCGACGAGCCUACCUCCGGGCUCGACUCGCAAACCUCCUGGGCCAUCCUGGAUCUCCUCGAGAAGCUAACCAAGGCCGGCCAGGCCGUUCUCUGCACCAUCCACCAACCGUCUGCCAUGCUCUUCCAGCGCUUUGAUCGUCUGCUCUUCCUUGCCAAGGGCGGCAAGACGGUCUACUUUGGCGAGAUUGGCGAAAACUCAAAGAUGCUGACCAGCUACUUUGAGCGCAACGGCGGCCAUCCCUGUCCCGACGAGGCGAACCCGGCCGAGUGGAUGUUGGAGGUUAUCGGGGCCGCGCCCGGAACGUCGACGGAUAUUGACUGGUUCAGAACGUGGCGCGAGAGCCCCGAGUACACGGCCGUUCAGGAAGAGCUCGAAGAGAUCAAGCGCGAGAAGCGCGACACGACGGAUAACCCGCCGGCAGAUGAGGACGCCGGCAGCUACCGCGAGUUCGCAGCCCCUCUUGCCGUCCAGCUCAAGGAGAACAUCUACCGCGUCUUCCAGCAGUACUGGCGAACCCCCGUCUACAUUUACUCCAAGACUGCCCUGUGCACCCUCGUCGCCCUCUUCAUCGGCUUCAUCUUCUUCGAUGCCCCCAACAGCAUUCAAGGCCUGCAGAAUCAAAUGUUCGCCAUAUUCCAGCUCCUUACCGUUUUCGGCCAAAUAGUCCAGCAGUCCAUGCCGCAGUUUGUCAUACAGCGCUCCCUUUACGAAGCCCGAGAGCGGCCAUCCAAGGUGUAUUCCUGGAAGGUCUUCAUGCUGUCGCAGAUCAUUGUCGAAUUACCCUGGAAUAGUCUUAUGGCCGUCCUGAUGUACUUUUGCUGGUAUUAUCCCGUCGGCCUCUACCGCAACGCCAUACCUACGGAUGCUGUUGCCGAGCGCGGGGCCCUCAUGUUCCUCUUCCUGCUCAUGUUCAUGAUCUUCACCGGCACCUUCUCGACGUUCAUCAUUGCCGGCUUCGAAACCGCCGAGGCUGGUGGAAACAUGGCCAACCUGAUGUUUACCUUGUGCCUCAUCUUCUGCGGUGUCCUCGCGACCCCCGCGACCCUCCCUGGCUUUUGGAUUUUCAUGUAUCGCGUUUCGCCAUUCACAUACCUUGUGAGCGGCCUUCUCAGCGUGGGCGUUGCCAACACCGUCGUCGUCUGCGCCGAAAACGAGUUCCUGCACUUCGCGCCCCCCGACGGCCAGACGUGUGGCGAAUACAUGGCCGCGUAUGAGUCUGUCUUUGGCGGAAAGCUGCAAAACGACACCUCCACCGUUCUCUGUUCCUUUUGCCCAAUCUCCGAGACCAACACGUUCCUCGCGGGCGUGAGCAGCAACUACGAUGAUCGUUGGCGCAACUUUGGCAUCCUGUGGGCGUAUGUCAUUUUCAACGUUGUCGCAGCCCUCUUCGUCUAUUGGCUUGCCCGCGUGCCCAAGAAGCAACUCGGCAAGGGCAAGAAGAAGGAAUAA